GUUUUGAGGGCUGACUAAAAAUCAAUACCAUCGUUAUCGCUAACCAAACAGCUGACAGUGAAAUCAGCGUUAAUACCAAUUGCAAACAAUGCAGAGUGAAAACUGAAGAUUUGUUUUUAACACACACACAAGAUACACUGGAAGAAUAUAUUCGCUGAAUGCUUGACUGGGAAGCUUAGGGGAACCAAACAGCGGGGAGUAUGGACAUGGCCAGAAGUAUCUUCGGCCGAGAUCACGAGGGUUACGUGGGCCGUGAGGAACAUACGCGCAAACUUCAGAACCUGGGCUCGGAAGAUGAUCUGGGAGAGCUGCCGCCCAUGAUGGAAGAACUAAGUGUCGCCGAUGGACUGCGACCGAAUCCCGGCGGACCCUUCUCUGCCCUCACAGCCUCCAUGUGGCCUCAGGAGAUUCUCGCUAAACUGGGUGGAGGGGCAGAGCUGGCCUCCGGCCCCAACGACCAGCCCGAGUACCGAUUCGACGAAUUUGGCUUCCGCGUUGAGGAAGAAGACGGACCAGAGCAAAGCUCAAACAAGUUGUUAAGCAUUCCUUUCGUGGAGGACGCCCAACAGCGACUACAGUGGAUUGCUCAUCUGGAGUUCUCACACAACAAAGAAGCAACCGAGCUGAGCUGGGAGCACGUGGAUGUACUGCUCCCACGCACCGAAAAGCUGCGCAACAUGGUGCGCCAGGGCAUCCCACACACGUUGCGUGCUCAAAUGUGGAUGCGGCUUUCUGGUGCGCUGGCCAAGAGACAAAAAAGCGAGACCAGCUACCAGGAUAUAGUAAAGGCCUCCAGCAAUGACCAGCUCAUGACUUCAAAACAAAUAGAAAAAGACUUGCUGCGCAUCUUGCCCACUAACGCCUGCUUCAGCAAUCCAAACGGGACGGGGAUACCUCGACUUCGUCGCAUCCUUAGAGGAAUCGCGUGGCUUUUUCCUGACAUUGGAUAUUGCCAGGGCACUGGUGUGAUCGUAGCCUGUCUGUUACUGUUUAUGGAAGAGGAGAACGCCUUUUGGAUGAUGGCCACUAUUGUUGAGGAUCUGCUUCCUGCCUCUUACUACAGUUCUACGCUUCUGGGAAUCCAGGCGGACCAGCGAGUGAUGCAGACGCUCAUUGCCAACUACUUGAGCAGCGUGGAUGAAUCGCUAAAGAAGCACGACAUUGAACUAUCCCUCAUCACUCUUCACUGGUUCCUCACACUUUUCGCCAAUGUCGUCCACAUGAAAAUCCUGGUCCGAAUCUGGGAUUGGUUCUUCUAUGAGGGCUCAAUUGUGCUCUUCCAAUUGACGCUCGGAAUGCUUAAAGUUAAGGAGCAGGAGCUUAAGCAUCUGGAAAACUCUGCGCAGAUCUUCAACUCCCUUUCCGACAUUCCGGGAGAGGUCACCGAUGUGGAAGUGCUCUUUCGCCAGGCGUUAGACGUGGGAGGCUCCCUUAGUCAAACUGUAAUCGACACCCACCGUCGAAGACAUUUGGCAUAUCUCAUGGCGGACCAAGGCCACCAGAUCGGCAAUCCUGAAGCAGCACCAAAUCUUCCAAAGCAACAGUUAGCUCGAAGGCAAGUCCGCAAGAGCAAGUCCAUUCUAGAGGCGUUCCUGUUUCGAGGCGAUGGCAGCGAAGCUGAUCAGCUGAAAAACAAGAACAUUCGUCAAACGGAGAUUCUGGUUGAUUUACGCGAAGCUAUCCUCAAAGUGGGUCGACAUUUUAUCACCAUCGAGCCUAAGCUGGCUGGGCAUAUCCAGCUAACGGCCAACUACAGCAGCGAGUCCCACGCCAAGGACCAUGAGAACUUCAUCAACGUGGCGAGAACGCGAAAGCGGCGGGCCAAAGCCCUGCAUGACUUCGAACGCCACGACGACGAUGAAUUGGGCUUCCGGCGGAACGACAUCAUUACAAUCAUCAGCCAGAAGGACGAACACUGCUGGGUUGGCGAGUUAAACGGGCUCCGAGGCUGGUUUCCAGCCAAAUUCGUUGAACUGCUGGACGAACGGAGCAAACUGUACACAUCGGCUGGGGAUGAUGCCAUAUCGGAGACUGUCACAGAUCUGGUGAGAGGCACCCUGGCACCUGCAAUUAAGGCCUUUUUGGAACACGGCAUGAAAAGACCCACAUUUCUGGGUGGACCUAUCCACCCAUGGCUCUAUAUUGAGGAGGCUGCCACGCGGGAAGUGGAAAAAGAUUUCGAAUCCGUUUACAGUCGCUUGGUUUUGUGCAAAACGUACCGCCUGGAUGAGGAUGGAAAGGUGCUGACACCAGAGGAGCUUCUUUACCGUUGCGUCCAGGCUAUAAAUCAAACGCACGACGACGCUCAUGCCCAGAUGGACGUCAAGUUACGCUCGCUCAUCUGUUUGGGACUAAACGAACAAGUUCUUCACCUGUGGCUUGAAGUGCUAUGCGCGUGCCAAGAAGUAGUGCAAAAGUGGUACCACACCUGGAGUUUCAUUGACUCUCCAGGCUGGGUGCAGAUCAAAUGCGAGCUUCGCAUUCUAUCGCAGUUCGCCUUCAACCUGAAUCCUGACUGGGAGCUACCCCCAAAGCGUGGCAAGGAAUCACAGCCGCUCAAAGACGGAGUGCGGGACAUGCUGGUGAAGCACCAUCUUUUCUCGUGGGAUCUGUGAGCCCUGUGGCGCGCUUUUUGUAUAGAAUUCCAAAUCGCGUAUUCAAUCUCGUUUCUCAUUAUUUCCAUGUGCAAUCGCAAUCUUUUGAAUUUAGUAGCAGCUAGCUUUCGCUUCUUAAGUACUCCUCAGUUGUACACCUAAAUUAAGUGCUUUACUAUGUAUCAUUACAAUCUUUAGCUAUAUCUGUCUUUACGGGAGUUUGUUUACUUAAUGUCCAUCCAUUACUAUAUAAAGCCUCGACAACAUACACCAACUACCACUAAAUUACAAAUGUA